UCAAAUUAAAUUACAAAGUAACAAAAAGGCGUAAAGGAAUUCACCGGAGAUCAUUUAGACACUCGUUGUUAAUUUUUUUUCGUUAAAUGUUUUAGUUAGUGUCGAGCACUAGGAUGGAUUUAGGUCACGAUAGGUUUAAAUAACGUUUGUGUAUAAUAAAAGCUGAUAACUGAGGAGACGGAGGGGGAGGGAGAGGAAAACGAGGCACAGGAGGAAAGAAAGAAAGGGGGGGGGGUCCGAGGUCUUAAUUAUACCAGAUUGGUGUGUGGUGAAGAAAGGGGAGGAAGUAUAUUGCAUUUCAUAAUUUUUUUUUUCGUAUUUUAACCGGAUACGUGGUUAUCUAGGUUAGUGCGUGGUUUGUUUUUACGCGAGUCCUCAGUGGAAGAGGCCUCUGUAGUGAAAUUACAAGAGCGGCAUCUCAUAGUGUCUCAGCAGGCGUGGAAAGAAAGUGCGUUGUUGUUAGUUGACACGGAUCACCAUCAUCAUCAUCCUCCUCCUCAUCCUCCGGCCUGCUGAGAGGCGACGCCGGGAGCUGGAGUUUGCAACAGAGGACUGACCAUGGCGGUAAACCUGGACAAGGAAGCGUACUACCGCCGGAUCAAGAGAUUAUACAGCAACUGGAAGAAAGGAGAGGAUGAGUUUGGCAAAGUCGAUGCCAUCGUGGUGUCCGUUGGCGUGGACGAGGAGAUUGUGUACGCCAAAUCCACAGCUAUACAGACCUGGCUCUUUGGCUAUGAGUUGACAGACACCAUCAUGGUGUUCUGUGACACCAAAAUACUCUUCCUCGCCAGCAAAAAGAAGGUGGAUUUCCUCAAACAGGUGGCCAUAACGAAGGGCAACGAGAACGCCAAUGGUGUCCCGCCGAUCACCCUGCUGACCAGAGAAAAAAAUGAAAGUAACAAGGCCAACUUCGACAAGAUGAUUGAGGCGAUCCGAGGCAGUAAAGAAGGCAAGACUGUGGGUGUCUUCAGCAAGGACAAGUUCCCUGGGGAGUACAUGAAGAGCUGGAACGACACGAUCACUGCUGAGGGACUGGAGAAGGUGGACAUCAGCGCUGUGGUCGCGUACACGAUGGCGGUGAAGGAAGACGGGGAACUUGGCCUGAUGAAGAAGGCAGCAUCCAUCACCAGCGAGGUUUACUCCAAGUUCUUCAAAGAGCGCGUCAUGGAGAUCGUUGAUGCAGACGAGAAAGUGCGUCACAGUAAGCUGGCCGAGUCGGUGGAGAAGGCCAUCGAGGAGAAGAAGUACCUGGGUGGUGCUGAUCCCUCCACGGUGGAGAUGUGUUAUCCUCCCAUCAUCCAGAGCGGAGGAAACUAUAGCCUCAAGUUCAGCGUUGUCAGUGACAAGAACCACAUGCACUUCGGUGCCAUCACGUGUGCCAUGGGGAUCCGCUACAAGUCAUACUGCUCCAACCUGGUGCGAACCCUCAUGGUGGACCCCCCUCAGGAGAUGCAGGACAACUACAACUUCCUGCUGCAGGUGGAGGAGGAGCUGCUCAAAGAGCUCAAACACGGUGUAAAAAUCUGCGACGCCUACAGCGCUGUUUUGGAGUAUGUGAAGAAGGAGAAGUCAGACCUUGUGUCAAAGCUGACCAAAAACCUCGGCUUUGCAAUGGGAAUUGAGUUCAGAGAAGGCUCUUUGGUUUUGAACGCGAAAAACCAGUACAAACUGAAAAAAGGCAUGGUGUUGAGUAUCAGUUUGGGUUUCGCUGACCUUGUGAAUAAAGAUGGCAAAAAGGAAGAGCAGAAAAAGUAUGCCCUGUUCAUUGGCGACACAGUACAGAUCAAUGAGGAGGAGGCCGCCACGAUUCUGACACCAGUGAAGAAGAAGAUAAAAAAUGUGGGAAUCUUUUUGAAGAAUGACGAUGAAGAGGAUGAGGAAGAGGACGGCGACGACGCAGAGGAGCUGUUGGGGAAGGGAGCUCGGAGCGCAGCGCUGCUCGCAGACAGAACCAGACUACUUGGAAAGAACGAGAUGACGGCGGAGGAGAAGAGGCGGGCUCACCAGAAGGAGUUGGCCAGUCAUUUGAACGAAGAAGCCAGGCGCCGUCUGACAGAGCAGAAAGGAGAGCAGCAGAUUCAGAAGGCCAGAAAAUCUAACGUGUCCUAUAAGAACGUCUCCCAGAUGCCCAGAGAAAAAGACAUCAGAGACAUGAAGAUCUUCAUUGACAAGAAAUACGAGACUGUCGUCAUGCCUGUUUUUGGUAUCGCCACACCGUUCCACAUCGCUACCAUCAAGAACAUCAGCAUGUCUGUAGAAGGAGACUACACCUACCUGAGGAUCAACUUCUACGUCCCUGGCAGCUCUCUGGGACGACAGGAGGGAAAUAUCUUCCCCAACCCUGACGCCACGUUUGUCAAAGAGAUCACGUAUCGAGCGUCCAACCUGAAGGCUCCUGGCGACACGUCGGUGCCCUCCACCAACCUGCAGAACGCUUUCCGCAUCAUCAAGGAGGUGCAGAAACGCUACAAGACGCGAGAGGCCGAAGAGAAGGAGAAGGAGGGCAUCGUCAAGCAAGAUUCGCUGGUCAUCAACCUCAACCGCAGCAACCCCAAGCUCAAAGACCUCUACAUCAGACCCAACAUCGCACAGAAGAGGAUGCAGGGCUCGCUGGAGGCACAUACCAAUGGUUUUCGUUUCACGUCAGUCCGCGGUGACAAAGUGGACAUCCUUUACAACAACAUCAAACACGCCAUCUUUCAGCCGUGUGACGGGGAGAUGAUCAUUGUACUGCACUUCCACCUCAAGAACGCCAUCAUGUUUGGAAAGAGACGCCACACAGAUGUCCAGUUCUACACGGAGGUCGGGGAGAUCACUACAGACUUGGGCAAACACCAACACAUGCACGACCGAGACGACCUGUACGCCGAGCAGAUGGAGCGGGAGAUGAGGCACAAGCUCAAGUCGGCCUUCAAGAACUUCAUCGAGAAGGUGGAGACGCUGACGAAAGAGGAGCUGGAGUUCGAGGUGCCCUUCAGAGACCUGGGGUUCCAGGGUGCCCCCUACAGGAGUACCUGCCUGCUACAACCCACGUCCAGUUCCCUUGUCAAUGUUACUGAAUGGCCGCCAUUUGUCGUGACGCUGGACGAGGUGGAGUUGGUCCACUUUGAGCGUGUGCAGUUCCACCUGAAGAACUUUGAUGUGGUCAUCGUCUACAAGGACUACAACAAGAAGGUCACAAUGAUCAACGCCGUGCCCGUCAACUCCCUCGACCCCAUCAAGGAGUGGCUCAACUCGUGUGACAUUAAGUACACGGAGGGAGUCCAGUCUCUGAACUGGACCAAGAUCAUGAAGACCAUCGUCGAUGAUCCCGAGGGCUUCUUCGAGCAGGGAGGCUGGUCUUUCUUAGACCCAGAGAGCGAGCAUCAGGGAAGUGGCGCCGAGGAAGAUUCAGAGUCCGAAAUGGAGGAUGAGACGUUCAACCCGUCUGCAGACGAGGAGGAAGAGGAGGAAGAAGACAGUGAUGAGGAUUACAGCUCAGAGACAGAGGACUCCGAUUACAGUGCGUCACUGGGCAGUGAGGAGGAGAGCGGUAAAGACUGGGAUGAGCUGGAGGAAGAAGCCAGGAAAGCUGACAGAGAGAGUCACUACGAGGACGAGGACACCUCCAACAGGAAGAGGAAGGUCCGGUCAUCGGCCCCGCCCAGCAAGAAGAAGCGACGGUCCUAAAUGUCUUUUACACACACACAUAAACAUAUAUACACACACACACACACAUAUAUACACACACACACACACAUACUGCCAAACCAAGCAGACCCUUGACCCCUCCUCCUACCCCAACUGGCUCUUUUGUUUUCUUUUUUUUUUUUUUUCUCCCACUCAUACACUUCACACAAACACACACACUCAGACACACAAAUUGUAUAUAGACGUAGAAGCCCCUUAUUUUUGUGUUGGUCGGUGAAGUGUCAUGUUGAAAUGGUAAGAAAGAACCAGCAGGACAGUCACUCACACACUUCAUUCAUUGGCUUUUUCCCCCUCUUCAUUCCUUCCUCAUUCUCUCUUUUGUUUCCACCUCCCAUUUUCAUCCAUCCAUCCAUCAGGGUUUCAUGUUUGCGUGUGUGUGUCUGUGUGUGUGUGUGUGUGCGUGCAUGUGUGUUUAAAUGGGUUUUUAUUGCGAGCAUUGUUUAUUUUCUGUUUAAAAAAGAUGAGUUUCUUAACUAACGGAUAAUAAAAGACGAGACUUGACAUAUCCUCUGCCAAGCGUUUUAUAUAAAACCUGAGAAGCUUCUGAUCCUCGGUCCUCUCUCUCUCCUCUCCACCUCCUCAUCUGCAUUUCCCUUCCCCCUCAUGUUUUCUUCAGUGUUUGUUAAAUUGUGAUAAUGAGAUGGAGCAUUUGUCUUUAUUAAAGGGGGGCAGAUACAGAUACAUUUUCUGAUUAUUUCUUCUUUUUUUAAAUGGGUUUGUAAACGUAUGCAGACAGGCACACACACAUACACACUGUCUCCUUCGCACUUGUCCCCCUCUUCGUCCCCUCUUUGUCCCUUUUUUGUUCAUUCUGAGUAGAUAUGUUGUACUGUUAAUUCUGAAAAUCCUGUUUUUGUUUUUGUAAUAAAAUUAAAAGGAACUGUA